AUAAGAUUUUAUAGGGGGUUAUAUGGUUCGACUGGGAGCCUGGCUGCUGGCAGCCAUACUCGUGGCCGUGCUUGACUCAGCCUCGGCCACAAACUGUUCGGCUGCUGAUGCAACCAGAAACUGUAUCGACGGGCUGAUUGUGCCAAUUUGGCGACCCUAUGUAGAUCUAUCAGCUGGUGAUAAGAUCACACGUGGUAUCAUCUAUUUCUUCGUCAUUGCAUACUGCUUUUUGGGCGUAUCCAUAGUCGCCGAUCGUUUCAUGAGCAGUAUUGAAGUAAUUACAAGUAUGGAGCGAAAAAUCAUGGUUAAACGACCAGGACUUGAUCCUAUGGUAGUACAUGUUCGCAUAUGGAAUGAUACAGUAUCUAAUCUGACCCUCAUGGCUUUGGGUUCUUCGGCCCCCGAAAUCCUUUUGUCUAUAAUUGAGAUUAUUGCGAAAAAAUUCGAAGCCGGUGAUCUUGGACCGAAUACGAUCGUCGGAUCGGCUGCGUUUAAUCUAUUUAUGAUUAUCGCUAUUUGCGUUCUAGUCAUUCCCCCUGGGGAAAUUCGUCGACAAAAACACUUGGAUGUGUUUUUCGUCACAGCUACAUGGUCCAUAUUCGCUUACAUUUGGAUGUAUAUCAUUUUGGCUGUGAUAUCACCCGGAGUAAUUGACAUUUGGGAAGGACUACUCACAUUCGCUUUCUUCCCACUCACUGUAUUUACAGCAUGGCUUGCUGAUAUCAAGAUUAUCCAGAACCGCUUCCUACCUCGCCGUUAUCGUCGCGGUUCUCAUGGAGUUAUCGCCACAGAAGGUGAAGAGCUAAAGAUGUUGGAACAUAAUGGAAUUAGCUCAGCAUAUAAGGACUUUACCCAAGCUGAUCUGGUUGACCCAGCAGUUCGUGCAUUCGAAGAGCAUCGUCAAGAAUUCAUUGAGCUGAUGAGAGAGAUCCGUAAGAAGAAUCCGCUUAUCACACCCAUAGAAUUGCAAAAACAAGCUGAAUAUGAAAUGAUUAAUAGAGGACCAAAGUCUCGAGCAUUUUACCGUGUUCAAGCCACUCGACGCCUCAUCGGCGGCGGUGACAUCGUCAAAAAAAGAAUCGACAAAGAACACAACAAAGCUGUUGAAGCGUUAGUGCAGGCACAAGAAAAGCAGACACGCGAGAACACAUGCAAAAUCUACUUCGAUCCGGCUCACUACACCGUUCUGGAGAACAUCGGAAGCUUCGACGUCGCUGUCGGAAGAGAUGGUGGUCCAGAUGGUCUUACCGUCAUGGUUGACUACUAUACCGAAGAUGGUACUGCAAAUGCUGGAUCUGACUACGUUCCCGUAAAAGGAACUCUUACCUUCUACCCUGACGACAAAUUCCAGAAAAUUUCAAUCGAAAUUGUUGAUGACGACGUAUUCGAAGAAGAUGAGCACUUUUACCUGCAUCUGAGAAAUCUUCGUGUCCGCACCAAGGACGGUCUCAUUCUUGACCCGUCCAGAAUUGGUGGACUGCCUGUGGCCCAGCUAGAGAUGCCAGCCACGGCUACCAUCAUGAUUCUUGAUGACGAUCAUGCUGGUGUUUUCGCUUUCGAACAUGACCAUUUCCAAAUUAUUGAAAGUUGUGGACAUUUAUCCUUGAGAGUACAAAGAUCUUCGGGAGCCAGAGGAAAAGUCGUCAUCCCAUACAGGACAUCAGACGGUACUGCCAUCGGAGACAAACAUUAUGAAACCAAAGAAGGAGAAGUGGUAUUUGACGAUAAUCAAACAGAGGCCUUCAUCGAUAUUGGAGUUAUGGACACCGAGCAGUAUGAACGAUCCGAUUACUUCUUCGUCGAACUUGCCCCACCAAUCUGGGCAAAGAAGAUGAGCGAUCUGAACAAAGUGCAAGAACGAUUCCAACGACGUAUGGAACAGAAGCGCAGAGCAUCUCUUGCAUCGGAAACAAAGGAUGGCAGUGAACCAGGUCAAAGGCGAGCUGCAGCAACGAGGAAAUUUGGAUUUAUUCUGAGCAUGGACCCUAGUCAGCGAGCCGUAUUGGCGUCGCCUGGUCUAAGCUCACGAUUCAAGAAACGCAUGAGAUCGUGGAUUGCCGGCAUGAAAGGAGAUGACAUAGCUGGGCUGACAGCCGAUCAGAUAGAGAUUGCUGAAAUGGGUAAACCACGUUUGGGUGAAUAUGCAAAAUGUCAGAUUACCAUUAAGGAGAGCAAAGAAUUCCAGGGCAUAGUUGAUCGUAUGAUCAAAAAUGCUAAUACCAAACUCAUGCUGGGAACUUCGUCAUGGAGGGAGCAAUUCAUAGAAGCACUUACAGUCAAUGCCGAUGACGAUGAUGGCGAUGAUGAGGGUGAAGACGAGGAAGGUGGUGGUAAUGAAGCGUCUGCCAAGUCGCCGCCGACAUGUUGCGACUAUAUCAUGCACUUUAUGGCAAUGCCAUGGAAACUACUUUUCGCCACCAUCCCUCCCACAGAAUAUUGGGGUGGUUGGGCAUGCUUCGUCGUCUCCAUCUUCAUGAUUGGUGUCCUAACAGCCUUGGUAGGAGAUCUGGCAUCACAAUUUGGUUGCUGGGUUGGAUUAAAAGAUUCUGUCACCGCUAUCUCAUUUGUAGCUCUGGGUACAUCUGUGCCCGACACAUUUGCAUCGAAGGUAUCCGCCGUGCAAGACAAGUACGCCGACAACUCGAUUGGUAACGUGACUGGAUCAAAUGCUGUCAACGUUUUCUUGGGUAUUGGAAUCGCCUGGUCUGUAGCGGCAAUAUACCAUUUCUUUAAUGGUACAAAGUUUUUGGUCGAUCCUGGAAAUCUUGGUUUUUCCGUAAUGAUUUUCUGUGUCGAAGCGUUUGCCUGCAUUACCAUCAUAGUACUCAGGCGAGGAAAACUCAUUGGAGGAGAACUAGGUGGUCCAAUGAAGUACAGGGUGAUGACGUCAACCUUCUUCAUUGCAUUGUGGUUCAUCUACUUGGCUCUGUCAGCACUUGAGGCCUACUGCAUCGUUGAAGGCUUUUAAGCGGCAGAUUUAACUUUAGCCUACAAAGGAUGGAUCUUUUGCGAGCGGUCAAAACUUCGCUGCUCAGCGGAUAUUCUCCAUAUCGCUCUUCCAUUCAGUUUCGCUUAUGAUUUUGCAAAGCCAAAGUGUCUUACUCUGGAAACAAAAUCUCUUCCACUGUUUUCGUUUUAUUUAGGUUGAAUAGGAAAUUCUCUAUCAAAGUACGUGUACGGCUAGUCGUGCAAGAUGAUGCAAUAUUUGCUCUCUUUCUGUACUUUUUUACUUUUGAUAUAUUCGUUUUAUUGGUUGCAAUGGUGCCUUCAGAGAUUAUAUAUUUACGAGAUUCAAACAUCAUAGAUUCACAAUAUUUUUCCAUUGGUUUUAUCUGAACUUCUCGCGUCUUCCUACUUUCAGGGUAACGCGCGCAGAACAACUUGUACCAUUUUACGGGUUUCAGCCUCCCGCUUCAUCCUAACAAGCAGCUCUUAGAUAUUGGAAACCGAAACUAACCGUGUCUAUUCUGCUAGAUUAGCACACCACUAUAUAGGUGUACGCGCUAACAAAUUUCACACGAAGAUUUGCUAAAAAGGUUAGAUGAGGAUUGAAAGGAAUCGUGGAAAUGGUAAAUGUUGACAAUUCUGCAUUAACUCGAUUUUGGUGCUCGCUCGAGAUAUCUGAAACACUUUAGUCAAAGUCAUACCCAAAUCCUCCCAGAAAUUCGCUUAGUGCCCAGUUUUAGUACUCUUCCCUAUUAAGCAUGCAUAUCUCCUAUAGUAGUCAGCCCUGCUCAAUCAAAUAUGAGCAGUAGUCCAAUCGCCCUCAGUUCAGUUUCUCAAACCUCUCUCUCCUAUAUUUCGUUAAUUUUGUUGCAAAUAUUACGAACUCCCAUCUCGCCUUUGCGUUUAACUUGUGAUUAAGAUUUAUUGAAUGAAUAUGACAUUGUAUGUUUUGUUGAGA